GCACAACCCACCAGAGCUUUGUUGACAUUGGCAGCUUCGUCCUCUUGUAGGAGGUUAUGGUUUAAGUCUUUGGAAAGAGAAGAGGAGAGAAGACCGUGAAUUAUUUUGGCAGUAACUGUGUGUUAAUAUGCGCACAGCUUUCGCGGGAAAUGUGUCUUCGCAUCGGCUGUAAUAAGCUCUAAAUCGGGAAGGCGUUAAACCUGCCACGAUGUCUCAUGCACAAGUUGAGAUCCCCGGACGCGGUUUCCCAGGCCUCUCUAUGGAUAUGACCGAAGACUGCCUAUCCCGGGUCCCAUCCAUGCUGAGGACGCACGGCUUGGGCGCACGGAGGAAUUCUUAUGGGCUGCAGAAAAUAAGUAUGGACAUUGAUUCGCCUCUAUACAGUGGUGCCCUUUCCAAAGCCUUGUCCUGGUCAGCUGAAAAUAUCCUAACACUCGCCGAGUCCAGAGCAGAGGACGAAAAAAAUAACGAUACUCCACCAUCGUCUGCGUCUCCAGUUUCCAGUCCGGGGACCAGCUCCAAAACGCCCGAAAGCAGGGAGAAGCCCAAAGCCGGGUGCCCCGAAGGAAACUGGGAUUCGGUUCCGAGAUCAAACGCUCAGGAUGCCAGCUCGGACUCUGAAAACGAACUUCAAAAUAAACAAAACAAGAUCUUGUCUCGCAUCACGUUUGAUAGUCAGUGGGAGCAGGAAGAGAAAGAGGACGUGGAGACCAAAGCUGUGGCAACUUCUCCUGAUGGAAGAUAUCUCAAAUUCAACAUAGAGAUUGGAAGAGGUUCUUUCAAAACUGUCUACAAAGGACUGGACACAGAGACCACAGUAGAGGUUGCAUGGUGUGAGCUACAGACUCGAAAGCUUACCAAGGCAGAGCGACAGCGUUUCAGCGAGGAAGUAGAGAUGCUGAAAGGGCUGCAGCACCCGAAUAUCGUACGCUUUCAUGACUCCUGGAAGUCAACGGUGAAAGGCCACAAGUGCAUCAUCUUGGUGACUGAACUCAUGACCUCAGGCACCCUCAAGACGUACUUGAAGAGAUUCAAGGAGAUGAAACUGAAACUGCUGCAGCGCUGGAGUCGUCAAAUCCUCAAGGGGCUUCACUUCCUUCACACUCGCACUCCUCCCAUCAUCCAUCGCGACCUCAAGUGUGACAACAUCUUCAUCACCGGCCCCACCGGCUCUGUUAAGAUAGGAGAUCUGGGGCUGGCCACUCUCAAAAGUGCCUCAUUUGCUAAAAGUGUCAUUGGAACACCAGAGUUCAUGGCCCCAGAGAUGUACGAGGAGAAGUAUGACGAAGCUGUGGACGUUUACGCCUUGGGAAUGUGCAUCCUGGAGAUGGCCACCUCUGAGUAUCCUUACUCUGAGUGCCAAAACGCAGCCCAAAUCUACCGCAAAGUCACCAGUGGGAUUAAACCUGACAGUUUCUACAAAGUCAAAGUCCCAGAACUCAAGGAAAUCAUUGAGGGCUGCAUUCGUAUGAUCAAAGAUGAAAGGUACACCAUUCAAGACCUUUUGGAUCACCCCUUCUUCCAGGAGAACAAUGGCGUGCAUGUGGAGCUGGCAGAGGAGGAUGACAUGGUGAAGUCUGGCCUAAAGCUGUGGCUGCGCAUGGACGACACUAAGAAGCUCCACGGAAAGUACAAGGACAACAAUGCCAUUGAGUUCCUCUUUGAGCUCUACAAGGAUGUGCCCGAGGAGGUGGCUCAGGAGAUGGUUGUUCUUGGGUUUGUGUGCGAGGCAGAUUUCAAGCUUGUGGCCAAGGCCAUUCGGGACAGAGUGACGUCCAUCAAAAGGCAGAGGGAAAAGCUAAGGCGGCAGGCAGAGGAGCGUCAAAAGAAGCAGGCGCAAGAGGCGAUAGAAGAAGAGCUAGAGCCCCAGAUGGUGUCACCUAAAGUUCGUGAUGUUGUUGCAGCAGAAUCCCCCACCCCUGCCCUUACACCACCAGCCCCCAUUUCAUCCCCCGUCACCAGUUCUGCAGACUCCGGUGUCAGCUCCAACUACCCUGCAGAACCAGAGGAACCUGAGGUGGAUCAGCACUUCCAUGUCCGCCACAACAGCCUGUCUUCGGCUAACUCUGACUGCGAGACAGACGGCGACCUGAGCUCCUCUGGUCUUCAGGAUCCGCUGGAGUCCGGGAGCCUCAACUCACCCGCAAGCCCUCCUAACACACAUGUCGCCACCCCCACUGUAAAUGGUCACCCCAUCCCAGCCCUGCGCUUCCCCUCGAGUAUUGCAGUGUCCAAUAACACAGAACAUCGCAACUCAGUGUCUCCAAGUGGCUUCAGCUCCCCAGUGGACAGCUACGCCUCUGAUGUGACUUCGGGCUUAAGUGAUGGCUACGAAGGCCAGUCCGAGAAGAGCGAGAAAACUGCAGCAAGACGAACAGCUGGGAAGCUGUUCAGGAGGAGGGCGCGCUCAAGACUUCGCAUCACAGGGCUCUCUGACAAAGUGGACCGAGUGGUUGAGUGUCAACUGCAGACACACAACGACAAGAUGGUGACCUUCAAGUUUGAUUUGGAUGGAGAUAGUCCAGACGACAUUGCUGCUGUUAUGGUGCACAAUGAAUUCAUCUUGCCAUCAGAAAAGGAGGGCUUUAUUUACCGAAUGGGUGACAUCAUCAAACGGGCUGAGGCUCUUAUGGCCAAAGAACAAGCAGUCCACACCAGCGGGCACCGACUGGCCCAGCCUGCAUUCCCCGGUGGAGUUAACUCGUUGUCUUCCUCACAGCCUAAUCUCCACAGUCAGAGCAUGCCUCGGACACACUCGUCCUCUUCUCUGCCUGACUACAGUGUGGCUAACCCGAAUGUAGGGGUGCGUGGCUCUUCCCCAUGCCCCAAUGGAGAGGUCUUCAGUGCAGACAUUACUUCACCUGGGCGACCUUUAAUACGCUCACAGUCUUUCCACAACGCCCCAGGUUCUCCCCUCCAUUAUCAGCAACACCACAAUCCUGCAUCUCUCCUGCCCCAUCACCAGCACUACCACUUGCCCUACAUUGGCCACACUCACUUUUCCUUCCCAUACCCAGGUUCUCCAGCAUCCCCUAAGCCAGCAGGGAUCCAUCCUCCUCUCACACGGGUAGCCAGUAACCCAACUUUCCCUUCUGUUCCCUCCCCAGCCCCUAGCUCCCCGGGUCCUCUGAAUGAGACCCCAAGCCCUAGCAAUGAGAGUGUCACCAUGUCCCCAUCUGCCCCUCAGCAUCCCAACAUGUGGCCCCCCCACACACAGCCCUUAUUUUCUUUGGCUAAUGUAAUCUCCAUGGCCAUGAGCAUGGCUCAGUCUUUCAUUCCCCCUGCAAACCUUGUUACUCAAGGGAUACCCUCCUAUCCAGGCUUCCACCCCCAUGUAACAGGUCAUAUGGCCCCUCAGUCUGGUUACCCUUCCGUCUAUCCGCAGCAUUACCAGACUCCACUAAUGGAGGCCCCUUACCCAACAGCGGGCAUCCCAGUUCAGAAUAUCCACAGCCCAGAGCAUGCACCUCAAGUGGACAGAGUCGGUUUUCACCAGGGCAAUUUUCCACCAUGGCCGCACUCCGUCUCUCAUCCUUCCAUGACUUCCACUCCUCCACAAACGACUGUAGAGCCUUUGCAGCAGGUUGGACUCUCUCACUCCCCCAUCCUGAUCCAGGAGGACAGUUAUGUGGCACCGUACUCAGCCCAAAUUCCAUCCCAGGCUAAAAUUGGAUCUGAAAUUUGCAAAUCAAAUUCUUCAACAGAUCUUUCCCCGUCGCCCCCAGUGAGCCCUGAUAGCACUGUGUUAUCCUUUAACAGUCAAUCGCACCCAGCUGGACCUCAGAUGAGUACUGGUAGCCCAAAACUGAAAGCAUCUUCCAAAGAAUCUGAAGUUCAGUCAACAUCAGUGACAGUUGGGCGAUUCCAGGUGACGCCCAGCACGGACGUCCUUGAGCCUGCUGCACCUCCUGCACCGCAGCCGGCAGACAGCGACAGCACCCAGUCAGAGAGCAGCACAGAGGAGCAGGGGGAGUCGGAGACAACCCUGGGCACCUCCCUCACCAUGUCUCCUCCUCACACACAUGCACACAAAGGGUCCAACCCCCAGGACGCUGACAGGCCAUGGGCCAUGAGCCAUGAGCAGCAGCAUCAGCAGAACAGAGAUGUAGAGGGAGAUGAAGAUGAGGAAGAAGAGGUUCAGGAGGAGGUCACCGGGGAGCGGCUGAGGGUAAGGAAGAAAAGUCGGAGGAGGGCGUACAGCCUCAGUCUGAUGGGGACGUCUGCAGACAGCGGGCUGUCGGUGACCGCUGCUGAGAUGGAGGGGAGGCUGUGGGACGGAGCGUCAGGCAGUCCGCAGUACGGCAACGCCCUUCACCAUUUAUGGAUGAUGACGUACAACCGCAGCACUCCCUACCUAAGCAGUGAUGACUCGGACAGUGAGGAUGAGGAACUGCUGGAAGAGUUUCAGGAGCUCAGAGAGAAACAUCUGACGGAGGUUCAGGCUCUGCAAGCCGCCCAGAAGCGAGAGAUUGAGGAGCUGUAUGAGAGGAUGGGUAAGGCUCCCCCACCCGGGAUUGUCUCUCCUGCUGCUAUGCUGUCCAGUCGGCAGCGCCGCCUGUCCAAAGGGAACGGUUUCCCAUCAUCACGCAGGAACAGUCUGCAACGUGUGGACAUGUUGCCACUCCAAGGUAUCAUUAGGAGAAACUCUCUCGGAGGCAGCAGCAGCGGUUCACAGGAUAAAUCCGGCAAAGGCGUCACUUUUGCCACCGGCAUAAGUAGAAUGUAAACUCUCAGCCAACACGCUGUAUAUCUGGACUACCUCAUCUAAAGUGACUGCAAGUGGUGAAAAGUCUCCUGCAGGUGGAUGGCUUUAACCCUUUCACCGGCCACCAGUCAACAAACUGCUCCCCCUUUGUCAGCGGUCACUUACCUCCUGUGUAUAGAAACUGUCAUCAGUGAAGCUGGAUUGACAGCAGACAUACAGUUUUCAGACCUUCGUCAGAUCAGAUGAUGGCUGAAGUACAGAGCACCGAGUGGUCUGGUUCAUAAUAAAGUCAUAUUUUUGCUCUCUUGUAAAUAAACUGUCAAACGCAACGGUUCAGGCGUAACAAGCUCGCCACAGUUCCCUGCAAAAUUUCUAUGAAGUGUUUUUCUCUGAGCAAUGCUUUGACGCAGUCAAGUGAUGGUACAAAGUGCUGCAGAAUUGUGUCACUUAACCAUUAAAUUGACCCAGAAUUUCAUAUUUGACCUGAUGCUGUUAAUCAAUCUUAGCACAGUAAUGUCAACUACAGCAAUGCUUUUUAUUUACGUGUUGUAGAUCUAAAGUCUGUUGUUGGCGUCUCAGCAGCUGCUGACUGCACAGUGAAUUUAUUCCCAUUCAGUAGGGCUGAUUGUUGCCUUCCAUGGGCUGAUGUGUAGUUUAGAUGCAUUUUCCAGUUUGAUAUGUCAUAAAAAAUGUGUUGUAGUCCGUCUUGAGCUUAUUUAGCUAACUGAUAGGAUAACCUACUCUCAUCCUGUAUCCCAUCAUGUAACCAUGCAUAGAUAAGCAUUAUGAAGAUGUGACAUUUCAGAGAAAAACAUUAUACGAUCACUAGAAAUAUUAGCAGAAACAAGUCUUUUGAAAUUCAGAUCAUUUUUACCAUUUUGUAGCUGGUUUCAAAUGGGAGGAAAAAAACACAUCAUAUUUAUUAGCUAAGAAAACCCACUUAGGUUUUAGACUACUGGCUUUUCCUGUUCACUGUACAUGUGUAUAUAACUGAAUGCAUUCAUGUUUACAAGCUAUGAGUACACUAAAUAUUUUUGCCACCUUUAAUUCCUUUAUAACUAAAAAUCAUAUUUGUCGCUUGUUCCAUACAUCAAGCACCUUGUGCACUUUAGUCAAUUCUAUUGUAGUUCUCAUUUAACAUAUUUGUUGUUAAAACUCUUCACUCGAGGAGCAGUCGUUUCUCCAGAAGGGAGGUAUAUUAUUCUGCAUUUUUUGUUGGAUCACAGUAAUGAUCUGUUCCCCAACAGAUCUGAUCAUAAUAAGGGGGGGUCUAGAGAAAGCUGUGAAUCUGUAGCAGUUGCCUUAUAAAAUAUCCACUGUGCACACUGAAUAUCCUGGCGGUCAAACUCCUGUAAUAUUGUAUUUGAAGAAAAAGUCCGUUUGAAAUUUUGAAUGUAAAUAUAUAAUUGUAUUGCUUUCUGAAGCUGCUGUCCUGCCAAGCUGAAUCUGUGCCUUUCCCUUACAAUGUCUUACUUUAUAUUUUUACUCAAGAUUAUGUGGCUAGAUCAGAUUCCAUAUAUUAAAUUUUGACUAAAAUAAAAGCAAAAUGUAAAU